AAUCUGUUAACUUUUGUUGAUUCUUCUUCUGUUUUCAUUUCAUAGAUUUUCAGUCCUAAAAGGAACCCUUAUUAAGAGAUCAUCAACCCCGUUUCGCAUUACUGAAGGAAGCGACAGGCCUGUUGCAAACCGUCACACAGACCUUACCAGGAGGUUUCAUCAGGGCCAUCUCCAGCUCUCUCAAAAGACAAAGGGACCUUUAACCAGGCAGAAGACAAUGGCCAUGCAGGGGAUCCGAACAUUGCUGCUACUGUUGGCCUUGCUUGGCCUAUGGCUGGUGCAGCCUUCCUCUGGCCAGGUUCGGAGGUACCAACAGUUCCUGAGACAGCAUGUGGAUCCUACUAGUGAAGGUGGUGAUGCUUCAUACUGCAACCAGAUGAUGCACAGGAGGCGGAUGACUGUGCCAAGGUGCAAGCCGGUUAACUCCUUCAUCCAUGAGGACAUCUGGAACAUCAAUAGUAUAUGCCAUACCGUUGGAAUCAAAUGCAAGAAUGGCCAAAUGAACUGCCAUGAAGGCAUUAUGAAGGUCACAGACUGUAGAGUGACAGGUGGUUCUGUUUCCCCAAACUGUAGGUACCGGGCCACGGCCAGAACCAGGCAUGUUGCCAUUGCCUGUGAUGAUUCAUUGCCUGUGCACUUUGAUGGGUAAAACCCAUCCUGUUGUCUUCACCCUCAGCCCUCAGUUCCCAGUUUCUUAUUGUCUGCUAGUGAAAGAUGGGAGCUGUCCCAAUCCUGAUUCCUUAAUAUCCUUUGCUCAUUCUCUUAUAACCACUUGAUAACUUUGCAUACUUUGACCCUAAAGGAAGAGAAACAAAAUCUGCAAAAGACCUGGGUUAUAUGCCCUAAAAACCUCCUUGUAUAGUUGUGGAAGGGUUAAAUCUCUUUUUUCCUGUCCUCUUGAUGGGAGAAAGGACAAAUAGUGAGGCUUUUAUAUGUAUAUCAUUUUUCCUUUUCAAAACAUUUUCAUAUGUUAUUUUAUCAUAUGAUUGUCAUAAUACUCCCAAUAAUAUUACACAUACCAGAGGUGUCAAAUACUAGGCCCAUGGACCACAUGUGGCUUAUAACACUCUUGAGUGUGGGCCAAACGAUAUUAAAAUGUAAUGGGAAAUAUUUAACCAAAGAAAUAAAAAUAAAAUAAAACAGAUAAUAGUACAUUUAAAAACAAAA